GGCCGGGGGUGCGCGUCUUGGGCGGUUCGGCUCAACAGACGCUGGUGCCGGCGCCGGAGAGCGACGCUGCGGUUGUCCCCGUGGCCGGGGUUGGGACGAGGAGGCGGCGGGCUCGACAGCGGCCGGUCGUCCCCGCGCAGUGCGGCCGCGGCGGCUGCGCCAGGGGCUCCAGGAGGCGGCGCGAGGCGUGAAUGCUCUGGGGCGCAGCCGGGCCUGCGUGGGCCCGAGGCCCAGGGCACCGGGGCCCCGGCGUUGCGAUCCUGGCUAGAGAGGAGAGAAGCUGGCAUCAGGAAGGCCUGCCUAAAUCCAGAGCUCUUACCUCUGCUCGUUCGCUGUCUGCAUAGUUGCCACGGUGGAACGGAGUCUGGGGGCGCAGGGGCGCUUGUAGAUUGGCGACGCCUUCCAUCAUGGUCCUCAGCCUGUUUUGUGCCUCUAGGUAUUGACACAAAGGCAGCUAUUUUGAAGGCACUAGUACCUCCUACCAUUGUCAACUGAUUCUUGCUGGAAUCUGUAAUUCUACUUUGGAACACAUGAAUAACCUCAUAUCUUCAAAACCGUCUACCAUGAAGCUGAAACAGACCAUCAACCCCAUCCUUUUAUAUUUCAUACAUUUUAUAAUAUCACUCUAUACAAUUUUAACAUACAUUCCAUUUUAUUUUUUGUCUGAGUCAAGACAAGAAAAAUCAAACCAAAUUAAAGCAAAACCUGUAAAUUCAAGUCCUGAGUCUGCAUACAGAUCUGUUAAUAGUUUGGAUGGUCUGGUUUCAGUGUUGUACCCUGGAUGUGAUACAUUAGAUAAAGUUUUUAUGUAUGCCAAAAACAAAUUUAAGGACAAAAGACUUUUGGGAACACGUGAAGUUUUAAAUGAGGAAGAUGAAGUACAACCAAAUGGAAAAAUUUUUAAAAAGGUUAUUCUUGGACACUAUAAUUGGCUCUCCUAUGAAGAUGUCUUCGUUCGAGCCCUUAAUUUUGGAAGUGGCUUACACAUGUUGGGUCAGAAACCAAAGACCAACAUCGCCAUCUUCUGUGAGACCAGGGCCGAGUGGAUGAUUGCUGCACAGGCGUGUUUUAUGUACAAUUUUCAGCUUGUUACGUUAUAUGCUACUCUAGGAGGCCCAGCCAUUGUUCAUGGAUUAAAUGAGACAGAGGUGACCAACAUCAUCACUAGUAAAGAACUCCUGCAGACAAAAUUGAAGGAUAUAGUUUCCUUGGUCCCACGCCUGAGGCAUAUCAUCACUGUUGAUGGGAAGCCACCAACCUGGUCUGAAUUCCCCAAAGGUGUCAUCGUGCACACCAUGGCUGCAGUGCAAGCCCUGGGAGCAAAGGGGAGCCUGGAGAACAAACCUCAUAGCAAACCAUUGCCCUCAGACAUUGCAGUAAUCAUGUACACAAGUGGAUCCACAGGAAUCCCAAAGGGAGUCAUGAUUUCACAUAGUAACAUCAUUGCUGGUAUAACUGGGAUGGCAAAAAGGAUUCCAAGACUGGGAGAGGAAGAUGUUUACAUUGGAUAUUUGCCUCUGGCCCAUGUCCUGGAGUUAAGUGCUGAGCUCGUUUGUCUCUCUCACGGAUGCCGCAUUGGCUACUCUUCACCACAGACUCUAGCAGACCAGUCUUCAAAAAUAAAAAAAGGAAGCAAAGGGGAUACAUCCAUGUUGAAACCAACCCUGAUGGCAGCCGUUCCGGAAAUUAUGGAUCGGAUCUACAAAAAUGUCAUGAAUAAAGUGAAUGAAAUGAGUAGUUUUCAACGCAAUCUAUUUAUUCUGGCCUAUAAUUACAAAAUGGAACAAAUUUCAAAAGGACGUAGUACCCCACUGUGUGACAGCUUUGUUUUCCGGAAAGUUCGAAGUUUGCUAGGAGGAAAUAUUCGACUUCUUUUGUGUGGUGGUGCUCCACUUUCUGCAGCUACACAGCGGUUCAUGAAUAUCUGUUUUUGCUGUCCUGUUGGCCAGGGAUAUGGACUUACGGAAUCUACUGGUGCUGGAACAAUUACAGAAGUGUGGGACUAUAAUACUGGAAGAGUAGGAGCACCAUUAGUUUGCUGUGAAAUCAAAUUAAAGAACUGGGAGGAAGGUGGAUACUUUAAUACUGAUAAACCACAUCCAAGGGGUGAAAUUCUUAUUGGUGGCCAAAAUGUGACAAUGGGAUACUAUAAAAAUGAAGCAAAAACAAAGGCUGAUUUCUUUGAAGAUGAAAAUGGACAGAGGUGGCUGUGUACUGGAGAUAUUGGAGAAUUUGACCCUGAUGGUUGUUUAAAGAUUAUUGAUCGUAAAAAGGACCUUGUAAAACUCCAGGCAGGAGAAUAUGUUUCCCUUGGAAAAGUUGAGGCAGCUUUGAAGAAUCUUCCACUAAUAGAUAACAUUUGCGCAUAUGCAAACAGUUAUCAUUCUUAUGUCAUUGGAUUUGUUGUGCCAAAUCAAAAGGAACUAACAGAAUUAGCUCGAAAGAAAGGACUUAAAGGGACUUGGGAGGAGCUGUGUAACAGUUGUGAAAUGGAAAAUGAAGUCCUCAAAGUGCUCUCUGAAGCUGCUAUUUCAGCAAGUUUGGAAAAGUUUGAAAUUCCAGUAAAAAUUCGUUUGAGUCCUGAACCAUGGACCCCUGAAACUGGUCUGGUGACAGAUGCCUUCAAGCUGAAACGCAAGGAACUUAAAACACACUACCAGGCGGACAUUGAGCGAAUGUAUGGGAGAAAGUAAUUAUUCUCUUUUGACAUCAGUUUGCUACAGCGAGCUCAGAUCAAAUAGGAAAAUACUUGAAAUGCAUGUCUCAAACCGUGAGACAAACUCCAUUCCUCGUAUUAAACCGAAACUGUUAUUCUCAUGACAUCACCAUUUCUAACUGACAGGAUUAGUAAAAUAUUAAGACAGAAAACUUGUGUCUGUCUCUUCUUUGUUUUUCCCUACUCCAGUUUACCACCUAUGACUGUACUUGUCAGUAUGAGAAUUUUUCUGAAUCAUAUUGGAGAAACGGUGAUUUUAAAACCUCAAGUUUUUAAACAUGAUUUGUAUGUUCUGUAUAAUGUUCAGUUUGUAACUUUUUAAAGUUUGGAUGUAUAGAGGGAUAAAUAGGAAAUAUAAGAAUUGGUUAUUUGGGGUUUUUUACUUAACUGUAUUUAAAAAUGCAAGGGUAUUGAUGUGAAAUUAUGUAAAUUUCAAAUGCUUAUGAAUCAAAUCAUUGUUGAACAAAAGAUUUGUUGCUGUGUAAUUAUUGUCUUGUAUGCAUUUGAGAAAAAUAAAUAUACCCAUACUUAUGUUUUAAGAAAUUGAGAGCUUGUGAAUAUAUGCCUGACAGUGUCUUCUUUAUAUAUUUAUUUUUUAUUAGAAAAAAAAAAAGUUUGGUUGAAGUUGCAGGACAGUCAUGGUGUAAUGGCAAAUGAUUUAAUACAGCAACUGUAGCAUCAGUUGUUAGUCUCCAGUAGCUUACUGUCAGAUUAGUGUCUUCUCUUUAGCUGUUGAGACUAGGAAAAUGUCCAAACUUAAAUGGGAGCAAUCUGAAGGACAGGGUAGAAUGUUUUUUUUUUUAAAGGAUAGAUUUUUUAAUGUCAUUGACCAUAUGUAUAUUGAGUUGUCUCUAUAUGAACAAAUUAUUCAUGAGAAAUUAUUCUAUUCCAAACUCUUAUUCUAGUUUUAGUCUAGGUAUUAAUCAUAUGUCUCAUUUCACAGUUGCAAUUUUUUUUGAUAUUUUGCACUGGUGUCUGUGUGAGAGGGUCAGUGGUUGUAGUUUAUUAAAGAGCACGUUAUCCUCUCUUUCUGCCAUAAUUUGUCCAUACUAGAAAAUGAAAUAAUUUAGAAUGCAUUUGAUAAUAGCAUUCUCACUAAGAUACAUGAGAAUUUAACUUUAUAAUGAGAUAAGAUUGAUAGGCUGUAUGUCAAUGUAGAAGUUAUUUGUGAUUCAUAAAACAUUGCUUGUAUAUACAUAGUCUUUCCAUAUGUAAUGCUUGUUGUUAUUUCAGGAGUAAUAUUACACCGAUUAAGAUGUGUUCAAAUCAGAACUCAAGAGUUGUAGGAACCACAGUUUUCAUACCAAACUAGUCACUGUUUCUCAGUUACUUUAGAAAGAAAAAUGAGCAUUAUGUAUGUGUAUGUGUGUAUGUGCACAGAUGGGUGUAAGGUAGCAGGAGUCUUAUGAAGAGCCAGGACUGUGUAGUUUUGGUCACAUCACAAGUGCUGUAUCUGGACGUUUCAAUUCAGUGUUUUGUUUUGUUUUCAGUUUUUUUUUUUGUAUUGCUGUGUAUUUGUAUUAUGUCUUGAAUUCUUUUGUUUUUGUCAUUGUAUGAGUUUUAAUUAUGUUGGGGAAAACUGCCAAAAAGUUCAGCUGAGAGAAAAUGAACGGAACUUCUCUAUGUCAGAAUGCUGUCAUCUGAAAGUCAAGUCAGGGUGGGUGAGAGAAUUAGUUUUGAUGCUUUGUCUUUAAAAUAAUGUUUGAUUUCAAAUUAUUUUUAAAAAGAGGUAUUUAGGAAAAAUACUCAAAGCUUCAAAGGAAAGAUAACUGGUAAUUAUAACUUGAAACAGUGUCAGAGGACUCUGUAGUUUAUGUCUUCAGAAACAUCUAGUGUAAGGCUAGCUUAGUUUACAUCUAAUUCCAUUUGUUUUCUCAUGCGGUAAUGUUUAUAAUUUAUUUUCAGUCUCAAGAUAUCAGAUGCUGGAUUUGAAAUGCCACAGCAGAGCAUGAGAUUAAAUAGAUAGAAUGACUUUUCAAACAAAUUUUUCUCUUACCCAAAUCAUCCUUAGUGACUUGAAAAAUAAUAAUUUGGUCAAUUAAAAAGAACUCCAAGCAUUAUAAUUGUUAAGAAAUACUGGUUUAACCAGAAAAUAUUUGGGUAGGAAAAUUUUAAGGAAUUUCAUAGUAAAUUGCUAAAUGUAAUACACAUAUUUGGGAAUGGAAUAUAGGUGCUACAGAACUGUUAUCUUCCAGAAGUGAACCAUAUGAAGACACCUUAAACAUUUUCUAUUACAGAACCUUAAGCAUUUUAUACAUGGAGACUGGUGGCCACUUCCACUCUUCUCUUACUCACGCUUGCUGAUGUAUUUUACCUGAAAUUUCGUUAACUUUUUAACUAAGAACACAACAAAACUGAAAGUAGUAUCUACUUUCUAAAUGCUACUUUAUUUUUUAAGUAGUAGAGUUAUAUCCAUGAUCUGUAAAACUUGCAAUUUUGGGGCAAUGUUUAAAAAUAAUUUAACUUAAGGUAAUUAUUUGCUGCUAAAAGACUCAAAAUUUUAGAGUUUUUAAACGAUUAGUCCCUGGGAUACAAGUUUUAAAAUUAAAAAACACUCUAAUAUGUGGGUACCUUCUUUUACUACAAGAAUUGUGUACAUCUGUGAUGUGUAAGAGGGCUAUCCACAUUUCACCAGUGUGUGUACUGCGCCACACUUGGAGUGUAAUGCCUCCUUUCUAUGCUUACAAUUCAUGGUUUCCUGUGAGCUUAUUUCCAAUGGAUUCUGGGUUAUUGCUGUUUUCUGCCUGAAGAAGUGUGUAUCAGAAAGAAGCUACAUGGCUACAUGGUAUGGACUAUUUAUUUGUAACUUGACCCUAAGUUUGAAGAAUAAAGAGAUGUAAAUAUUAAA